UAUUUUAACGCAGUAUUAGUUUGCAGAAGAACGUCGACAACGUACGCUUCUGCUAUCUUUAAAUUUACAAUCCGUAAAUAUUGAAAUCUAGAAUUGUGUUCAGUGCAUGCAGAGUUUUUCGUUGGUGAAGUCAUCCAAUUAGUGAAACUUGCAUUUCUAGUUAAUUACUUUCGCUCUUAUUUGCAAUCGAAAUUGCACCUGAUUGGUCAAUAUGUCAUCGUCAUCAGAACGGGAUUCGCCCGAUAACAACAACGAAAAUGAAGAAGCUAAUAAAUUCUGGACUCCUCUUAAAAAUUAUCAGUCUUCAGAAGUUUCUCGUAAGAAGCGUACGUUUGACGAAAUUAGUGACGGCGGUGUGCGUCAAUACGAUAUGACGCUAAACGGCUUUAAGACGAACAUGGAUAGGCACGGUGCUCCGCAAGAAAAAAAUACUGAACUAUCCAAAUCACCUCCUCCAUAUCCAGCGUAUGGCAGCAAUCCCAAUUUCCAUCCAUCGGAUUUCUCCAAUAUGAUACCAAGUCAAUUAAAUGGAAACGCGAGCCCUGCAUAUUCUGAUUAUGGUCAACAAAACUCAGGGUAUGAUAUCUUGGGAAACUACAAUUUACCCAGUUGGACCUCUGCUCACCAGGAUUCUGUUACGUUACCAACCAAUCUUAGUAACCACGAGAAACCACUGAACCUGAAUUCUAACUACAACUCGCAGAAUACCGCAGAUUUUCAUGACCACCCGGUAGCGCUCCAAACCGGAACCGGAACCGGCACUAAGCGCGCCCGCACUGCGUAUACAUCGUCGCAGCUUGUCGAACUUGAAAAAGAGUUUCAUUAUAACAAAUAUUUGUGCAGACCGAGAAGAAUUCAGAUGGCGCAAAUAUUAAAUUUGACCGAACGUCAAAUUAAGAUUUGGUUUCAAAAUCGUCGCAUGAAGUUCAAGAAGGAACAAAAAGCGAAAUCGUCAUCGCCAAAUGCGUUAUCGCAAAAUGACAAUCCAUCACCUCCAGCUUUGUCACCUUGCUCUAAUAACUCCGGUGGCGGAUACACACCUUUGGCAACACAACCGCAGAGCCAAUCGACUAAAUUAACGAACGAUCAGCAAGCGAUUGUGAAUAAGCUUCUUUCGCAUUCGCCUACUCCAGUACCCCAGCAGCAGUACCUACCGACGUCAUUAUCGACGUUACCCGCAUACACCAGAAUGGCGCUUCCCGACAACGAGGUCAUAGACAAGCAUUAUUACGAAAACUUACAAAUGCAAGCUAGAAAUUUGGCCGAAAUGAGCUACUCUUACAACUUACAGUUCAACACUUACAACGACGUUUACACCUCCGGAAUGUUUCCUAAUUCGGAAGGAAGCGGUCAGUCGGACGAGUACAUUGUUCCCAAAAGAGAAACUCUCUCGCCCGAUUCUGAACUGUUAGACUACGAUAAGGUUAACGAGACUGAUAACCGAAUUAACGGAUACAAUUUCGGUCCAUCCGUCAACGCAGCUUGGAUUGGUCAGCAGUACGUUGACAAUGUAAAUGCGGCCAGCUUAACACAGCUUUGAUACAAUUCAUCCAACACGCGGUGAAAUAUUACUUUAUGAAAUAAGGUUGACACUAGGUUAGUAAACCUUACCGGCAGUUACUUUUACAUUAAGAGAGAUUGAUAGUUUUAUCAAAAUUAUAUUUAGUGAUAUGUUAACUAUUUGCAUAUAGUUUAAUGAUUAUGAAUAUCUAUGUUUUUUAUACGUUAAAUUUUAUAUCUGUGAUUAGGAAUUUGGGAGCAUCAGUAGGUAUAUAUUGUAUUUCGAUAAUUAAACCUCUAGACUUUAUAUCUACACUUGUAAUAGAGAUGGGUCAAUUUUAUUUACAGUUUUUUAUGUAAUAAAUGGAAAUGAAUACCUACUUCA